UCUAGCCCCGACCAGCUGUUUGCAAACAAAAUAUUGGCGUUCUAAUUAGUUAUUACUCGAUAUUAGUUCAUUAAUGGACUGCUGCGGCAACGAAGUGCGCAGCGAGAGUAUCUACAACAUGCUGCAGGCCCUGGUGGACUCGAAGGUGGUCAACGUGCAGCUUCUGUCGAUUGCCGUGGGCAUUUUCUUCGUGGUCCUGCUGCUGAAAAACAAUUUCCGCAGCUUUUCUGGCACUUCUAUGGUUUUUGGAGCACCCCACGAGGCAGUGACGUCACGCACAUUAUAUGUGUAA